CACAGCUCUUUAGUAUACCUAAGCUGCCACACUCAACUGCACGUUGCACAAUGGCCCCCACGGAGCUCCGAGCGCAGCCUACAACCGCCAACAUGGAUCUAACAGCCAAGCUCGACCAACUGCGUGCCUCAGCGACCCAACAGUACUCCCUCAAGAACUACAGUAGCGCGGCAGAGUUCUUCAGUGAAGCUGCAGAGGUUCAAGACCAGAUUAACGGCGAAAUGGUGCCGGAGAAUGCGGAUCUGCUGUAUCAGUACGGUCGGUGCUUGUACCAUGUUGCAGUCAGCAACAGCGACGUGCUUGGCGGCAGGGUCACCGGUACGACGGAGCAGCCAAAGAGGAAGAAGAGGAAGAUUGAGGCCUCUGCGACCGAGGCUGAGGAUAGCGGGACCGGCUUAAUCGGGCGGGCGCUGCAGGACGUGACGCCGCUUGCCGAAGGGACUUUAGACGCGAAAGACGAUCAAGGGCCUGAGAACGGGGCCGGAGAAAGCGCUCCCAAGCCCUACUUUAACAUUACGGGCGAUGAGAACUUUACAGACGAGGAGGAUGAAGACGAGGACGAGGAGCAGGCAGAUGCCGCGGUGGAAGAGGAAGAAGAUGACUUCGCAAUCGCAUAUGAGAUUCUGGACGUCGCACGUAUACUCCUCGGUCGAAAGCUGGAAGCAUUACAACAGCAGACUGGAGGCGAAGCAAGUAUAGACUCUGCCGGGAUACGAUACGUUAAGGAGCGGCUCGCAGACACGCACGACCUACAAGCAGAGAUCUCGCUCGAGAAUGAACGCUUCCAAGACGCCAUCAAAGACUCGCGGGACGCGCUUGCGUUAAAGUUAGAUCUAUACCCGCAAGAGAGCAGCUUGAUCGCUGAAGCGCACUACAAGCUCUCCCUUGCGCUAGAAUUCGCGUCCGUGACCUCAACAGCGGAUGAAAAUGGCAACACCGAGAGCAAGAUCGCGCAAGCGGAUAAGGCUCUACGCGCAGAAGCCGCAACCGAAAUGGAGAAAGCUAUCGCGUCCUGCAAGCUUCGCAUCAAUAAAGAGCAAGCUUCGCUUUCCGAAACCUCAGCGAAGAGCGAGGAGCGCAAAAAGUCGAUCGCAGACGUUAAGGACAUGGUAGCGGAUAUGGAGCAACGACUGGUCGACCUGCGGAAUCCUAACGCGGCCUCCUUGUCCGCUGAUCCGAUGAGUGGUAUGGGAGACGGUGGUGCCGACGCGUUGAAAGGCAUGCUCGGUGCAAUGUUGGGAGACAGUAAGGCGGAGCAGCAGAAGAAGAUCGCAGAAGCAACGGCGCAGGCGAAUGAUCUCUCCGGGCUGGUGAAGCACAGGAAGAAGGUGAAGGCGGAAGAGGGUACUAAGGGUGUUGCUGGUGCUGGCGCCGCUGCUGCCACCACGAACGGGACUGGCAAGCGGAAAGCUGAGAACGUUGAUGAUAGCGUGGUGCAGGGGAAGAAGGCUAAAAUCGAGGAUGCACAAGAAUAAGCACUGUGGGAAGCUCCUGCAGCUGGCCGGUCGCUUUGGAAAUUAGGGAAGCAGGUCUAGCCUGAGUCUGACUAACGAUUCUUAGCUCGCACUCGGUCUCCAGCGCUGAAGCUUGAUUCGACGCCAUGUACAGCGAUACAGCUCUUGUAGGCGAGAUCGACAGCUCCUGGGCACACCCCACCUAUCUUCGCUUUACACACUUCUCUUUGUUGGUAGAACAUCCUUCACGGGCUCCAAGUGACCGUAGCUAAUGGACAUACAUUUCCACCCGCUCGGACACGCGGCGUCAGCUACUCGUACGAGUCGUCAGCGGCCGUACCUGAUAUUUACCUCCAACAUGGCGUGGACGGUCGGGCAUACAAUCUCCUGGGGGCGGAUGCGCAAAGAUGCGCCAAGCAAUGAAUCGUCGUCACACAUGGGGACUGGAUCCUGCGGAAGGCCUACCGGAUGAGGCAAGGGACAUUGUUCCUUGAAAUGGUAAUUGCAACCGUGCC